AUGGGAACAUUUUUAAAUCCGAAAACUCGAAAGAUGAAACAUUUAUCUGUCGAACAACGCGAACAAUGCAUAGAAUAUAUCAAACAAGAAAUGUUAUUAUUUGAUAAUGAUAAUAGUUCUAAAUUACCAACAACCCGAAAAGAUUCUCAAUUGUCCAUAAAUCAUCCAAUUAAAUCUAUAAAUGACUUUUAUUCAAAUGCAGAAGAUAAUGAUGAAGAUGAUAUAGAUCAACAGUCUGCUUUACGAUCCUCUUCACAUGCAUUAGAAAUCGAGUUGUAUACUAAAAAAGGAUGA